GAUUCCCUUCCCCCCAGUGGACGGGAAGCCUUUCGCCGCCCAGGAGCCUCAACCCGCCCUUUGGCAGAGGGGGGCGGGGGCGGGGGGCGCCCCUUCAGGCAACGGUUCCCAAGGGGGAAAACCUCUGGAGAUGAACCCCCCCCCUUGGAAGCGCUGCUCCCACAAGACGCCUCGCACAGCUGAGGAGCCGCCCGGGGGCCCUUCGCUCCUGGCUGGCGGCAGGUCUGGCGGCGGGGCGGCGGAGGAGCCGGCUCUGCUCGGACGGCCCCCAUCCCCGCCUGCGGGGGCUCCGUCGGGCAGAGGCAGGCGGCUCCUGAGCGCGUGCAGAAGGCGGGCGGCCGUCCAGGCCCCGCCCGGAGAGCUGCCCGCCUCAGGUCCCUCCCUCGGCGGCCUGGAAGAGGCGGGCGGCGGGCAGAGGCGCUCGCUCGGCGGGGCUCGGCUCGGAGGAGGACGCGGCGCGGGCCGGACGGAGCUUUGGAUUGUGUGAAUUAUGAAGUCCUCUCCCAGUGGCUUCCGGCAGCGGAACCAUGUGACCCCCCCCAAGUUGGCAAGACACGAGAGCCCAAAGAACCCUCCGGACGCCAAGGCUGGGUCUUACGGAGUCACCAUCCGAGUCCAGGGGAUCGACGGCCACCCGUAUCUCGUGCUCAACAACACUGAGGGAUGCUUGUCAGCAAAUCUCCUGGGGCCUGAAAACGGCCAGCAGGUUGCAGCUGAUCAGCCAGCUCCCGAUGCCGCUCUUCCUGCCGUUCAACUCGUCAAGAAAAGCCGCAAAGGAAGUCCCUUUGGCGGGCUCUGGGAUGAUGCGCCACCCAGUUGGAUUACAAGCCUGGACGAAGCCAGCAGGGCAGAGGGAAAGGAAACGGCUUCACCUUUGAAAGCGGAGAUUUCCCCAGCCUCUAAUUUGCUGAACUUCCAGAAAUAUCCGGAGCUGCUUCAACCCUAUAAUCCUGCAAACAGUAUCUUGAGUCUGAAGGACCUUCAGCCUCGCCUGCUGAGCAAAUUCCAGUCUCUUGAGGAGGAGAAAUUGGACGCCAGGCCUUGGACCUCGUCUCUGAAGGUAGCGGUAGGUGGCUCAACCCCCCAAUUUGCAGAAGUGGCUAAAUCAAAACCUAAAAUGGUGGACUUGACCAAGCCUGACCAGAACAAGCCGCAGCAGCUGGAAAGCCCUGGUGCUGCAGACAGUCCUGGCGGAAAGCCCGCGUGGCUAGCCUCUGGGGCUGGAUCUUCUUCACCUGCAGGGAGUUCCCCUGCCUGCCCAGGUCCCAGGAGGUGCAGACCAGACCUCCUCCCCUUCCGCCAACCGGACUCGGCAGGAGCAGCCCUGAAUGGUUCCCAUAAAUCUUCCUCUUCGUCCACAACUCCGACGUCCGCCGCCUCUGUGUCCAGGUUUUUCCUAGAUGACCAAGAAUACGCCAUCUACGCCGACCACGUCAACCGGCAUGAAAACCGGCGGUACAUCCCAUUCUUGCCUGGAACCGGCCGGGAUAUUGACACGGGAUCAAUUCCUGCAGUCGAGGAGCUGAUUGAAAAGUUUGACGGGAAAGUUUAUCCCCAGAGGAGGGGGAGGUUGGGGUUCAGGACUCGAACUCUUGCACAAAAGCGAUCCAAGAGCGUAGACAGCGCCCUGUCUCAAGGACCCCAUUCCGACUGCAUCGGUGACUUCGCCCGAAGCUUGGGGAGAUCAUCCGAGCGAUUGGUCCAGUCCUCCCGGGCUUGCCUGCAGAAGCCGCUGUCUGCAGAGAAGAAGGCAGCGUCUCCUGGGGAGCAGUCGGCCCCCCGGGCGGCAGGCAAGCUCCAGACAAGCCCAGGGAGGCGAGAGUCUCCCGGCAGCCACUUCAGAUCCCUGCAGCACCUGAGACCAGAUCAAAGGAGCCCCGAGAGUUUGCCUUCUAGGUCUUCCACUCUCCCAAGGCAGCUUAAAAGAAGAGAUCACAGAACCUCCACUCAAGGCUCCUUCCCGGAAAGCACCGAGAGUCCGGCUCCUUCGAUGGGAACUUUUCCUUCUGGUUCGAAACCUGCUCAGGUAACGCCUGACCUGCUCAGGGGCCAGCAAGAACUUGCCCGGCAAAGCAAUGAGGAGACGGCCAAGCAGAUUCUCUACAACUACCUGAAGGAAGGUACCAGUGAAAAUGAGGAUGCUACCAAGAGGAAAGUCAACUUGGUAUUUGAGAAAAUCCAGACGCUGAAAUCCAGGGCGGCCGGGAGUCCCCAGGCGCCUGAGGCUUCAGUGGAAGUCAACAUGUUGGUGGAAGAGACGAAGCAGUUGACAAAGAAGGUUUCUGAGCUACAGAGGAAGCUGGACGUGGAACUCAAGAAUCAGCAGAACCUCAAAGCUGAAAAGCAGACGAUGGAGGGAGAGCUUCAGAAGCUUCAGCAACAGCUUCAAGAAAACGUGGAGGAGAAAGACACUUUCAGGAGGCAGCUGAAGGAAAGCGAGAAAGACCUGAGAGAGAACCUGGAGGAGCUUUUCCAAGUGAAGAUGGAGCGGGAGCAGCACCAGAGGCAGAUCCGGGACUUGCAAGAUCAGCUUUCCGAGAUGCACGAUGAACUGGACAGCACGAAGCACAUGGAGGACAGUGAGAAGGAGCAACUCGCGCAGGAGUUGAUGCAAACGAAGCAGGGCCUGCAGGAGAUGCUGGAGCUUAAAGACCAGCGAGAAAAGACCCUGGCGAAAUGCGAGCGGGAGCUGGCGGCCCUGAAGGGCGUCUUGAAGGAAGAGAUGGCCAGCCAGGAGCGAGAGAUGGGCCGCCUCAGGGAGCAGCACAUCCGGGAGCUCCAGAGCGUGGGAGACAGUCUGGCCAAAGCCACAGAGAGGAUUGGCUCCCUGUCCAGUGCAAAGGCCGAAGCAGAGAAGGAGCAAAGGAGCCAGGAGGGCCGCGUGGCUGAGAUGGCCGAGCAGAACGGGCAGCUGAGGAAGGCCCUGGGACGGCGGGAGAAGCAGCAACAGGAACUGCAGCUGGAGCUUGAAAUUUUGAGGGGAGGCAAGGAGGAAGCUGAGGGGAGGCUGAGGAGGUGCAUGGGAGAGGUGCAGUCCUUGAGCCGGGCCAAGGAGGAAGCCCGCCAGCUGCUCUCGGCCAAGGUGUCUUUGGAAGCCCAGCUGGAGGACGCCCAGAGGAACAUCGGUCGGCUGAGCCAGGAGCAGCAGCAGCUGAUGGGCCGCCUGGAAGACGAAGCUUCCCAAAAAGAUCAGCUACAGAAGACAAAGGGCGAACUGGAGAACGAGCGGCGGCAGCUGGACAGAACUGUUGAAAGGCUGCAGAAGGAGAUGGCGGAAGUCCGUAAAGUCUCCCAGGAAUCAACCCGGCAGCUCCAGAAGCAACUGGACGAGUACAAGGAGAAGAGCCAGCAGCAGCUGGUAGAUUCACAGCAGCAGCUGAAGGGCAAAACCCUGGAGCUGGAAAAGGCCCACCAGACAACCCUCAAAAUGCAGGAACAGGUACGUUUCAUGGAGGAAGAAUUACAGAGUCACAGAACAGCCCAAAAAGAAGCCCUCACCAAGACUCGGCUUCUGGAAGACGCGGUGAAGAACCUGGAAUAUGAACUGGAAACCAAAAGCCACUUGAAAGAAGAUCGGGCAAGACAGGCCAAGAUACUGGAGGACAAGAUAUCCCAGCUGGAGUUGGAGCUGGAAGAAGAACGGAGCAGUUCUGACAUCCUCUCUGGGAGGAUCGGCAGGGGCAGAGAACAGGUGGAGCAAAUGCGGAGUGAACUCCUCCAGGAAAGGACAGCCAGGCAAGAACUGGAGGGCGACAAGGCUGCCCUGGAAAGGCAGAACAAGGAGCUGAGAGGGCGGAUCCUCCACCUGGAAGGCUCUCACAAGCCCAGCAAGGAGGGCCUCCUGGCCCAGAUGGAAGCCCGCCUCCUGGCCCUGGAGGAGCAGCUGGAGAAUGAGGAGAGGGACCGAGCUCGCCUCCAGUUGACCAACCGCCGACUGGAGAGGACGGUGAAGGAGCUCCUGAUGCAGGUGGAUGAUGAGCAUCUCUCCUUGACUGACCAGAAGGACCAGCUCGGCCUGCGCCUGAAGGCUAUGAAGCGGCAGGUGGAGGAAGCAGAGGAAGAAAUAGACAGGCUGGAGAACACCAAGAAGAAGCUCCAGAGGGACCUGGAAGACCAAGUGGACCUCAACGACCAGCUACAAGGACAGCUGACCACCAUCCGGCAGGACCUCAGGCGCCAGAAGAGCUCCAGUAAGCUGCUGAGCGACUUGGACUACGACGAGGACGAUGACUUCAGCACAGAUGGGGGGAGCCUUUUCGACGCCCCCCUGGGGCUGAAGUCCUUCAAGGCCGGUGAGGGCAAAGCCAAGCAGGACGCCAGCCUGCCUUAAAGGCCGAGAGGCUCCACAGAAUCAAGGUGCCACCGGCUGCAGGAACCAGAGCACCGGGUGACCCAAGCUCCUUUUUCUGAAAUGCUCCAUGUUCAGAUUUGUUUCAGAAAUAAACUUUUGUGAACAGAAAGGAGCUGGCCUUCCACAGAUUCAGGGAUACUUCCAGCUCUGAGCGCCUGGCCGGCCCCAGACUGCUCCCCACCCGAGCUCUUCCUUCUCCUUGGAAGCUGUUUCAGACCGAGGAGAGGAAGGAUGUAUUAUCCCUUGUUUACGAGAGCAGAGGAAGGAAUAUACAAAGCAGGAGGGAAGAAUGUUAUGUAUUUCUGAAUCAAGAGUUUUCGCAACUCUUGCAACAUUUUUGUGUAGUUUCAUGUUUCUAUAGCGCACAUCAAUAUUGCAGGAAUCUAUAUUAAGUGUCAUAUCAUCCAUAAGCUUUAAAACCCUAUUGCAGUAAACUCCACUUGCUCAGCAAACGUGUUUAUGGGCUGAAGGAGGGCAGCGUGGAAAAAGCUGGACCUUCUGCCAGGAGCCAUUUCUGCUCAGAAAAACUGUUCCCCGCUCCCCGUCUCGGCUUCCUCGCUCGGACCUCCAGGGAUCCAUCGAUGCGGGGACCGUUGACGUCCUGAUCUUGCCAGACUUUAGAAAAGGAGCCUCUGGUGGGUUAUAAAGGACACUCUGAGAAGCACAUCUGGAAAGGCACUUCUGUUUUCUUGUCUUCUGGCUUUAAUUGUAGUUACCUGUAAGUGGCAUCUGAGUGCACUGGAAGAACUUCCAAGUAUUUGCAAAAGUUUCUAUUUUAACCUGCAUUUUUAUCUUUCCACCAAAUCUUGGCUCUAUUAGGACAAUCUUUAAUGAGGAAAUAAUAGUAUUAGCAGCCCUAUGCAAUUCUUCUCUUCUGCAACUUGUUAAAGUGUUCAAUUCAAAACUGGUUAGCAUCAAGUGCUUUUUCCAGAGUCAGCACUGAGGAUAUUAAAUUCCAACAUAAAAGCGAAUCCUGGAAGCUGCACAAAGGAGUCUCGUCAUGGAAGAACGCAGUUGUCAGCUCCAAGUAAUGCACCCAUAACAAAUCGGACUGCGAGGCAUUGCUUUUCCUGAAAGAACCAAUAUAUCCCUUGAAAGAAAAUAUUUCCCCCAAGAAGCCGGGGCGUCUGGACUUUGUGGGUUCGUGAGGGGAACCUUAAGUAGGGCCUGCUCUGAGCCCCCAGCGGCCUUUGGGCUUCAUUACCUCCACUGGGAACACCGAGAACUGCCUUCGCCUCUCACCCACCAAUCCCAAGGGCCGCCGCACGGGGGGGAGCAGAGACGGAGAGGAAGGGAACGGGGGGGGGGGGGAGGGAAGGGCAGGGUUUUGAUUUGGGAGCCUCAGGUGCAGAGACAGCACGUCCUCCUGUCCAGCUGACUUGUUCACGGAAGGAGAGCAGCUGGUCCUGGUGGCCGUUUACUGCUGACUCUGGUGGCCACGAUUCCUUGCUCGGAUGCAAUCAGAGUCUUUGUGUUGCCCUGAAAGGUGAAAAAAGCAGAGUUCUGCUGGCUUGAUGAGGUCAGCCUGAGCCAAGAAGAGGCGGCUUUUUGCUUGGCAGGAAGGCCCCCCCAGGGAAGCCCUUCGCCCACCUGCUGACAGCCCCUGGUUCAGCCCCGUCAUCUCAGGUGGGGCAGGAGAACCCGUGGGGAGGAGGAGGAGGAGGAGGGGGGGUGUGGGGAGCGGUCGAUCGAGUGCCUUCGGUUCCCACAGGGAAGGGGGCUUGUUUCAGUUUUACAGGGUUCCAUGACUGGGAGCCAGGAAACAGCACAGGAGACGAGCUAAAAGGUUGGACCCGCUUGAUAGGCGGUUUCUGAUAGUAGCAAGGAGUUUGGACAGACCUUGGAACCAGAUAGUGCUAUUCUUUUGUUCCAGCAGUUCUUCAUGAAUGAUACCAUGAAGUAAUUUGUCCACAUUGUUUGGGUAACUUUAGUGUUUGUCUCCUGCCUGGAGUGAGGAGGAGUUAAUUUAACUCCUUGAUGUCAUAAUCUGAAAAUAUGUGUCAAUCUACAUAGUAAAGCAUUUGAUGUCCACUGAUAAGCUAAUAGGAACAUAUUUGCUCUGAGAUGUACCUUCAUUUUCAGCAGAUGUAUCCUCGGGAGGUUUGUAGCUAAUCUGAAUGAGAUGCAUUUUUCUUUGUCCUUAGCUUUUAAAAACAAGGAAGAAACGACCUGGAAACAGCUGCAUUGUCAGUUCAAACUCUUGUAUUUUUCUUCUGAUACUAAGAUGCCAACUUUAUUUUAAUACUACUCUUUAUAACUCUCUUCUUGGAUCAUGUCUGAGCAAGCUGAAGACAAAAAUCCAUUGGGAAACAAAUUCACUUUUAAUUUCAAGGGCUUUUACUGGAAAACCUCUAGUAUAAACUGAGACUGUAAAUAAUUUGGGGGAAAACCGAGGAAUGUUUGCAGCUAAACCAUAAAACUCUAUAGUUAUUUUGAAAUAAAUGGUAAAUCUUUCUGC